CGAGGACGCCGUCUGCAUGCCUUGAGCAUGAAACCUGAUAAGGCGAUGGUAGAACGAGGAUAGGCUAACGAGGCUAAGCGGUUAUAGCUCUCUCAGCGUCAUAAUUUACCUCUAUUCACACCAUUACAUAAUUUUCACAGACUGGUUUCUGAUGGCUAUAGUCUACAACUAUUGAUGCAGGCUAUUGGCGUAUUUCAUGUCAAUAGUUGGAUUUGAGCGAAAUUUGAGGUCCAUGUUUAACUGUAAGAUUGCCCAAAACGCCCGUGAGAUUGUCAGUCAGUACUGACAGUCAGUACUGUCCGUAACGGCCGUGAGACCGUCAGUAGCGUGUGAUCCUUCGUGGGAGCCGCCCGUGCGUGCGUGAGCGCUGGUGCUGAUGCUGACUGUCAGAUGCGCGCGUCACCUACAUCCUCAUGACAUCAUUUCUUCCCACGAUGAUUGGCUGAAACUCAAAGCGCGUGCAUGUCCAUUGCAUAUUUGUCAAACAUUGUGGGCUGCGGAAAAUAUAGCGUUUCUCUCCGAAAAAACAAAACAAAACAGCAUUAUUUUUGCUCAAUAGUUUCGUUUUGAGCAUGGCAGAGAGUGAAGUGGACACGCCUAGCACACCCAUAGAGUACGAGAGCAAGUACUUCGAGCAUCAUGGAGUUCGCCUACCUCCCUUCUGCAGAGGGAAAAUGGAGGAGAUCGCCAACUUCUCUCUCAGAAGUAGCGACAUAUGGAUCGUCACUUAUCCAAAGUCAGGUACCAGUCUGCUGCAGGAGGUGGUGUAUCUGGUGAGCCAGGGGGCGGAUCCAGAUGAAAUCGGCCUCAUGAACAUCGACGAGCAGCUUCCCGUCCUGGAGUACCCUCAACCGGGUUUAGACAUCAUACAGGAGCUGACGUCCCCCAGGCUGAUUAAGAGCCACCUCCCUUACCGGUUCCUGCCUACAGCCAUGCACAACGGGGAAGGCAAGGUGAUCUACAUGGCCCGUAACCCAAAGGAUCUAGCCGUGUCCUAUUACCAGUUCCAUCGCUCCCUGCGCACCAUGAGCUACCGUGGAACCUUCGCCGAGUUCUGCCGUCGCUUCAUGAAUGACAAACUGGGAUACGGCUCCUGGUUUGAGCACGUGCAGGAGUUCUGGGAGCACCGCAUGGACUCCAACGUUCUCUUCCUCAAAUACGAGGACAUGUAUAAGGACCUGGGUGCACUGGUGGAGCAGCUGGCACGCUUCCUGGGUGUGUCAUGUGACAAGGCCCAGCUGGAGGGGUUGGUGGAGAGCUGCAGCCAACUCAUCGAGCAGUGUUCCAACUCUGAAGCCCUGUCUAUGUGCAGAGGCCGCGUGGGUUCGUGGAAGGAAGUCUUCACCGUGUCAAUGAACGACAAGUUUGAUACUGUGUACCGACAAAAAAUGGGCAAGAGUGACCUGGCCUUUGACUUUGGUUUAUGAGGGAUCUUAGUGUCACCUCAACUCAUAAUAACACCCACAGCCUCAGUCAAGUCAGCUGACAUCACGUCAUGUCAUGUCACAACACGACACGAUAUCCAAACUGCCCCACUGAUCUCACUUCACGUUAUGUUGGGCUACAUACAACACCACAUCCAUCCAUCAGCAAGCCAAUCAAAGAGACCUUGGCAGCUCAUGCCUUACUAGUGGCCAACCACCUUAGCCAUCCAGGUGAGCAUCUGGGAGCUGAAGAACCACCCAGUUGGCAAUGAGGGAUCGAUCACCAAUGUCUCUAUUUAGCUGCAGGCUACUAGGGUUUACUAACCCUUACCUACCCUAAUCUAACCUAACCAUAACCAUGCAAGCUCUUAGGGUUUACUAUCCCUAAUCUAACCAUAACCUUGUGGGCACCUAGGGUUUACUAACCCUUACCUACCCUAACCCUAAUCUAACCUAACCAUACCCUGCUGGAAAAAAAAACAGCUAGAAACCAUCUUAUGCUGGUAGCUGGUUUUAGCUAGUCUUUGCUGGUUUUCUUCCAGCUCUUGCUGGUCUUUGUUGGUGUAGCUGGUUAGGCCACCAGCUGGAUAUGCUGGUAUGACCAUCUGUGGAAGCUGGUCAAGCUGGUGUGACCAGCCUGUCAUGUGGGAUACAGCUAGUGCAAGAUGGUCAUGCUGGUGACCAGCUUGUCAAGCUUGACAUUGUUGGUGUAAGAUGGUCAUGCUGGUUUGAUAGAAUGACCCA